UUCAGUACAGCGCGGAACGCCACCGGCGUCGCCCGCUUCGCCCGUCGUCCGCCGCCGCUUGUGGUCCGCAGCCAUGCUGCUCGUCCUGGCGCUCGCCGCCGCCUGCGCAGAAGUGUAUGGAGACAGUUCCGCGAGGCCUCAUAGUCAGAAAGACAGAAGUAUUCGUGCAAUAGCCACGCCUUCGCUUCCCCACGGCUGCCUGUACGAGGGCCGGUGGUUCACGGAGUCGGCGGAGGUCACGACGCAAGAGGCGUGCCUCCGCUGCGUGUGCGCUAGAGGCGCGCUGGCGUGUCGCAGACGCGCAUGCGCGGUGCUGCCUGACCCGCCGCCGAAGAGGUGCCAUGUGCUGCACAGAAAGGGCGCUUGUUGUCCCGAAUUGCAUUGUCCUAAUAGUGUGACGCUAAUGGAACAUGGCGCUUCAGCGAGAUUUGAAAACGACGAUUUCUCCGACAUUGUCACUCCAGCUUCCAUAGUCCAUGCGUGCGUGGAAGGAGGGACGGUGUACUCGGGCGGGUCGGCCAUGGCGUCGAGCACGGCCUGCGAGCAGUGCUUCUGCCUGCGCGGCGCGCGGCGCUGCGUGCGCCCGCGCUGCCUGCGCGCGCCGCCCGCCUGCCGCGCGCGCCCCGCGCCCGGCGCCUGCUGCCCGCUGCGCUACUACUGCGACCACGUCACCACCACGCCGCCCGACCUGCACCGUUUGCAUGACUGUGAGGUAAAAGGCACCUGGGUGCCUGAAGGCGAACGUGUAGUGGCUAAGGAGAGCAGCAACUGCACCCGCUGUUUCUGCUUACGAGGCUCUGUGCUGUGUCAGCCGCUGGCGUGCGCACCGCCUCUGCUGGGCUGCAAGCCUCUUCUGAGACCUGGGCAGUGUUGUCCGCAUCAGUACCACUGCGAUCACAAUCAGCAAGGUGUAGAUACACCUCAUUUGCACAUUGUAUCUGACAACGUUUUGAUAUCCACUAGAAGUAAUGACCGCUCGUUCCAUCCCUCCAAACUGAACGAAGUUGAAACUUCUACGAAAGCUGUCACCAUAAGUGCUAAUACUACGAAAAGCUCCCCAACUACUCUACAACAUGUUACAAAAACAAGUACCAUAUCGACAACAAAGGUAAAGAGAAAAACGAAUGAUCCGCCACCGGCCACUUCUAAUAAUAAGCCAGUGAAAAAUAGUACUACAACCACCAAAGUCUUAAAAUUGACAACGCAAAAGCCCAAAUCUACCAUAGCAAUUACCACUCGUGUGGAAGAAGUUACAACAGAAGAACCAGCAGAAAGAACUUCAACGGAGCAACCAGAAGGAACAAUGAAAAUAAUGAUAAAUGGGACAAUUAAUUGCACAGCUGAGCUGUCAUCGACAUCUAUACCUAUGAAUAUUUCAGCUAAUGACACAGAAAAAAUUAUGAUGGAGUCCAUGCCCCGGAUACCAGAUGUUGACAGAAUGGACGUUGAAACUCAGACUUCAUACCCCAACGAUAUAAUAACGGAUAGAAAUGUUAACGGUGGAUUUGACGAAAAUGAAUCAUUUGUUAUAAACGUCACCAGUUCACUGCGAACGAACACAAGUUUGACCACUUCGCCACCAGCUUUAUCUACAUUUUCCAAAGUCUCUAUUUCCGAAGUAUUAUCGGAGACUAAUAAUUCAAAGAAAACGAAAGGCGACUAUGAUUACGAUUACACCGAGCCAACGUUACCGCCAUCUCUCCCAAAUCUCAAAAUUAUUCCAUUUGUAGCAGCGGACGCAGUUGUUGAUGAUGACGUAUCAUCCAAGGAGUCAAUGUCAUAUCCAAUUUUGGAAAGAGAAGACAAGUUUCCAGUGUAUUAUCCUGCAGUCGAGUCUAAAGAGUCACCUUACGCGACACGAAGAGAAGACAAAUAUCCACCUACACAGUAUCCCGUGUUUGUAUCUGAGAAGAUGGAUUUAUAUCCGACCGCAUCUUUGGAUAUAGAUUUACCAAAUUCUGCUUACCCUACUGGUCAGAAUGAUUUAUUGACUUCGCUUCAAGAGUACGCAGUUGCGGCUUCUUUAGGAAACCACAAUUUGGAAUUGAAAAAUCGUAAAGUGACGACCAAACCAAGCACAAGUUCAACAUUUGCGAUCAAAACCCCUGCUGUGAAUCUGUUCUCGCCACCGGUGGAGACUGAAGGUGGGUUUGUACCAAAAGGUCCAGGAAUAAUUGAUGAGUACUAUGCUGUAUAUCCCAGUACAAAGACUCCUUCUGUACCUCAUCUUACUACAUCCAUGCAGCUGGACAUAUCAAAAGAACCGGAGUGCGCGGCGAACGACGCGCGCUCGCGCGCGGCGUGCGCGCGGUGCGCGUGCACGUGGGCCGCGCACUGCGACCUCCUCUGCUGCGAGGAACUCAUUUGUGACAUGGAUAAAAAUACGAAUCUUCUAAAUUUAUCAUCUACAGAGGAAGCAUUUAAUACCACUAAAAAGCCUGAAGAUAAAACUAAUAUCAAAACAACUACUGCAUCAAUAAAUAAAACAGAAAUUAUCAACAAAACUACAAUAAAUACUGGCCUUAAGAUAGUGGUCAAUGAAACUGAAAAUAAUAUAACUUUUGCAAACAACAACGAUACAAAAGUCGAACACUCUUCAAUGAUUCCAAACGUUACUGAAAACAUAUUCAUUGUCUCCACAACAGCAAACACAAUAGUAACUACGACAAAACACUCGUCGACAGAAGCGUAUGAAACAAAACACGGUUCUCAAGAAUAUGAAGAAGAGGAUGAAGACGACGAUGGAUACUUUUUCGGAAAUGUCUUAAAAUACAUACUGAGUGACAAUUAUGACACAACAGUAACACCAUUUAAGAAAAAGACCUCCCCACCAGUUACCAAAGCAUCUGAUAUCAUAAAGCCAUCGAUGAAACCUCAGACAACAACGACGACAACAAUAAAACCAACGCCUCAGCCAACAAUAGCUCCAUUUGUGCCCAUGCCUCAUCAUCAUCACGUCCCCUACGCUCCGCCAAAGAAAACGUUCCAACAGAAUACUGUCAAUAGAAUUGACCACUUGGUUCUCGGAGAACCAACAGCAAUCAAGAGUAGUACCCCCCGACCCGUAACAACAUCUUUCAAACCGAAGAUUAGCUCUUAUAAACCUCACUCUACGAGCAGAAUAACAACACAGCGACCUGUCGCCACUACUAGAUUUACAGAAAUUCCGAAGAAAACAGAGCCUACAGUUCAGUAUACACCGGCCGAAAUAUUCAGACAGCCUCCUAGCGGGGUGCCUGGUUUAGGACCAGGACUAUUAAAGCUAGCAGGAUGCAAUAUAUACGGAAGAAUGUAUAGAGUAGGCAGGAUUAUAGCCGAGCUGUCAACUCCGUGCCAGGAGUGCUGGUGCACCGAGAUUGGUGUGCAAUGUAAGCAGCUUGCGUGUUGAGAAUAAAGACUUGAACAUAGUGCUCACUACAAUAUCACGCUGAAACUAACCUGAUUUUUAUGUCAACAGAGUCCAUUACCAUUAAUUACAUUGUUACAUAAUUUUGUAUAUUAUAAUUCUUAAAGAUUUCGAAGCUCUUGAAUACGAAAGUUAAUUUCUAACAAUAUGAAACGAUCAUCGUGUCAUCUGCACUAUUUCUUGAUAAACGAAUACUGGUCAUUUGCAUUUAUUGUACAGGGCGUGAUGUGUGUGUGAUGUGGGCGUGAUGUAUGUGUGAUGUGGGUGCAAGUGACAAAACUGUUUAUAAAGACAAACACAGCGUUGAUCUCAUUUUCACUCAAUCAUUUGAAUCCAGAAUUUUCACUUGUAGCUGGAAAUAGGCAUUAACAUUUGUCCAGCGAUCAAACCAAACUUCUAUAUCCGUACUUAAUAUUAUUUAUACGCGAAAGGCUGGACCACUGCGCUGGGUCGAUUUUGAAUUUGGGAUAGAUAUAGGUAAUGAACAGAGGUCAAACAUAGGCUACCGCAGGCGGAGCUGUGGGUAACAGCUAGUAAUGCAAUGUUAUUACCUACUUGCCUCAGUAAUUAAUACAAUAAUUAGAUUUUAAUGCAUAUGCUUUGAAUAUUCUACUCGAUUUGUAAUUUAGGUAACUAGUUGACGACAUAGUUUACCAUUUCAGAAGUGUCCUUAUAGAUGGUUGUAAAAAUUCUUCUUUCGGGUAGUCUGUUUAAGCUAUACUGCUAAUUUGAUGAGAAAUAAGUAUUGUAGUUUUUAUAGUUCUUGUGUAGGAAAUAAAUUAUUUUUACAUAUAUA